AUGAAAGCUGUAUAUAUCAUCGAUGCUUCUCAAUCCAAAAUUGAUUAUGACAAUAAAGGUUCUUCUAUCGUCACCAAUUCAUCAAAUUCGAUCUCAAAACCAGUCGAUAUUCCAAAAUCUAGAUCCUCAAUUACUACUUCAUCUUCUCAAUCAACUAACGCUGAUAAAAAUUAUAUUCCCCGUCCUAAAAAUUGUUUUAUGGCAUAUAGAGAACAUAUAAAAGAAAAAUUUUUGAUUGAAAAUCCUGGAAUUAAUAAUAAGGUAGUAUCGGUCCUUGCUGCUAAUAUGUGGAAUAAUGAACCUGAAGAUGUUAAAGAGCAUUGGAGAGAACAAACCAAGCUUAAAGAUAAUAAUUCUUCUAACACUACCAAUACCACUACUACAAAUGACACUACUUCUAUUACCAAUUGCCGUAAAAAGAAUGUUGUAGAUUCAAAGAUGAUUUUUGCUGAUGGUUUUAACAAUGAAAUAAUGUGUGGUGAUGAUAACAGCAAUAAUAAAGAUGACGUAAAACAAAAACAACCAAUUUAUUCUUUAGGUCUGGAAGGAAUUGCUACUGCUGAUGAUCAUGAAGAUAUCUAUUUACAGCAUUUACAGAAAAAAGCUAUAUUUGGUCAUUAUAGAUCAUCGUCUGUUGAUUCUUUAAGUUCUUGGACAAGCGAUUCCACCGUCUCAACCCCUUUACUUUCACCUUUUGCUGGCUCACCUGCAUCCUUGUCUCCUCCGACUUUUCAAUGUAACAAUAGCGUGGGAAGAUCUGCUUUACAUUCAAAGAUGAUUUUUGCUGAUGGUUUUAACAAUGAAAUAAUGUGUGGUGAUGAUAACAGCAAUAAUAAAGAUGACGUAAAACAAAAACAACCAAUUUAUUCUUUAGGUCUGGAAGGAAUUGCUACUGCUGAUGAUCAUGAAGAUAUCUAUUUACAGCAUUUACAGAAAAAAGCUAUAUUUGGUCAUUAUAGAUCAUCGUCUGUUGAUUCUUUAAGUUCUUGGACAAGCGAUUCCACCGUCUCAACCCCUUUACUUUCACCUUUUGCUGGCUCACCUGCAUCCUUGUCUCCUCCGACUUUUCAAUGUAACAAUAGCGUGGGAAGAUCUGCUUUACGCCCACGUCGUCAUUCUCAACAGCUUUUAGCCGAAUUUGAAGAUGGUAUUAAACAACAACAACUUUUUAAUGAGAAAAUCCAUCUCAAUGAUAAUAAAAUAGUUGGCAGUCUAUAUUCGCACGAGAAUCAAAAGAAUAGAAAAUAUCAAAAUUGA